AUGCCUGGGAAUCUAGAAACGGAGAAGCCCAACUUCCGAGACAUGGGCUUGGGUCGCAAGUCUCUCUCUUGGGCUGCGGUCUAUCUGGCCAUCGCUUGCUGCAGAAGACGAGAUCCCCAGCAGUCGACAGAAAACCCAAGUAAGCAGUCGGGAAUUGGAUGCAUGUACGCUUGCAGGGGUGAUUAUGCGUCGAAUGUUCCUCAACCCUUGAGGGUUCCUGAAUCCCGCCGAUGCGGUACCAUCCUCCGAGGCUCUCUCCGUCAGACAGGGUUAUCGCCAGGUCCUAGGCUGAUCGGAAAUUCUGCGGCGCCUUGGACGACGGUCCUCGAUAUGAUGUUCAAGAGAUGGUCUUGA